CUGGUUACUGGUCAGUGCUGUUGCAAGACGUCCCGUAGCAGAGGACCUGCACCAAAGAAUGUCAAUAAACCUGUUGUAAGACAGCACAAGCAUUAGUCAUACUUCAAAACAUGGAAGUGCAGGACCAGGAAUCUCUGGGGAGAUGGGAUGGGCUGGGCAGCCGUGAUGCCAGCUCCAGAACUGCUGCCAUGGAGCACAUUCGCCAAGAGGUCAUGAAGAAAAUUGAGGCUAUCAGGCCCUUACCAGCAUCUGCCCCGUCUCCUCCAGCAAGCCCCCCUAACAGCGACCUGAAUGACGUCCUGGCUCACCUUCUCAUGCUCUCCAGACGGUGUCCUUACGAAGACGUCAAGGAGCGAUGCAUUCGGCUUCUAAAGGCUGUCCAGGACUUGGGUGUAAGAAUCCCAAGACCCCUAGGUAACGGACCAAGUAGAUUUAUCCCUGAAAAAGAGAUUCUUCACGUCAGUAAAGUGGACGCCAGGACACAGUCGAUAUUUGAGGAUGCAUUUGCAGCCCUCGGUCGCCUUGACAACAUUUCCCUGGUGAUGGGCUUCCACCCGCAGUACCUGGAGGGUUUUCUGCGGACGCAGCACUACCUGCUGCAGAUGGAUGGACCCCUGUCUUUGCACUACCGACACUACAUCGGCAUCAUGGCGGCAGCUAGACACCAGUGCUCCUACUUGGUCAACCUGCAUGUAAACGACUUCCUCCAGGUUGGAGGAGAUCCGAAGUGGCUCAACGGCCUGGACAAAGCCCCGCAGAAGCUGCAGCAGCUUGGCGAGCUCAACAAAAUCUUGGCCCACCGACCGUGGCUCCUCACCAAGGAACACAUCGAGUGCCUUCUGAAGGCUGAGGAACACAGCUGGUCACUUGCGGAGCUCAUUCACGCUGUGGUCCUCCUCACACACUACCACUCCCUCGCAUCCUUCACCUUCGGCUGCGGCAUCAUGCCCGAGAUCCACUGCGAUGGCGGACACACUUUCAGACCUCCCUCCCUCAGCCAGUACUGCGUCUGUGACAUCGCCAACGGCAACGGUCACGCUUAUCACCACGAUGAUCCACUUGGCGACCAUGAGAUGUGUGGCGAGGUGGAGGUGCUGAUGGAGCGCAUGAAGCAGCUGCAGGAGUGCCGUGAUGAUGAAGAGGCCAGCCAAGAGGAGAUGGCCACUCGCUUUGAGAGGGAGAAGACGGAGAGCAUGCUGGUGGUCACAGCAGAGGACGAGGAGUGUGUCCCCUCCAGAGACAUCUCCCGACACUUUGAGGACCCCAGUUACGGCUACAAAGACUUCUCCAGGAGGGGGGAGCACGUGCCCACAUUCAGAGUACAGGACUACAGCUGGGAGGACCACGGCUUCUCUCUGGUCAACAGACUGUAUCCUGACGUCGGUCAGAUGUUGGAUGAGAAGUUUCAAAUGGCCUACAACCUGACCUACAACACCAUGGCAACACACAAGGAUGUGGACACCAGCAUGCUGCGCAGGGCCAUCUGGAACUACAUCCACUGCAUGUUCGGCAUCAGGUAUGAUGACUACGAUUACGGAGAGAUAAACCAGCUGCUGGACCGUAGCUUUAAGAUCUAUAUCAAGACCAUGGUGUGUAGUCCUGAGAAGACCACCAAACGAAUGUAUGAGAGUUUCUGGAGGCAGUUUCAGCACUCCGAGAAGGUCCAUGUUAAUCUGCUUCUUAUGGAAGCGCGAAUGCAGGCAGAACUGUUAUACGCUCUGAGAGCGAUCACCCGCUACAUGACAUGAAGUGCUUUUGGCGUUUUUUUUUAUAGUUGUCUUUUUACUGUCAGUGUUGUUGCUCAUUAUGGGACACUUCAAGAAAAAACAAAUCAAAGGGGGGGAAUUCAACAAAAAUGUGGAAGAGAUGUGAAAAGCCUUGGUUUCUGAUGAUGCUUGUCCUGGUGUUGGAUGGAUGUUGAGAAGAGGAUCAGAACAAAACAAAAGCAAGAAAAAAAAAGAGAGAGAGAAAGAACUGUUGAAGAAAAGUCAUCUCAAACAAGUGGAUACAUAAACUCAGUUCGUGUUGCCUUCAGUGCCAAAACUGACCAAGAGGGGGCAGCCUGGAGAGAUUGUGCCUGGUCAGAGCACUGACACCGGAGGCAUCCAGGACUACGUUUCAGUAUUCCAGCGUGCAGCACAUCAGUUGUCAAUCUCUUCUGCCUCCUGGUAGAGUGAAGACCCAUAAAAAAAAAUCCCCAGAAAGCUGUGCAGGAAGAAACACUGCACUUUGAUUCUGUCAUCACUGUUUGUUUAGUUUCUUUAAUAUCUUUUUAUUUCAUUUUGUAUCAAGAGAAGUGGAUGUCGUUGUCGAUGUGGUUGCUGUUAGCAGUAACUGGAGAUGGAAGCAUUAUUUUGGGCGGUGUUUUUACGUGUGCCUGAACUAUCCAGCACAGUGUGCAUACGUGCUGACGCUGCUGCUCCCAUAUUGUAUUCAGCGGGGUCAUAUUGAUCCCCAAAUCACCCUCCCAACCCCAUUGUAACCCCUUAAACCCCUAUCCAUUAGAAAUCCACUGCAUUACUGCCCCCCCCCCCUUCUUGCCCUGUACUCCUCUACCCCCCCAUCCCAAAUCUCAAAUGUCAAUGUAAGCUAAUCCAAGAAGUGUGUGAAAACCAGAGGCGUGGAAAGAAACUCAAAGAACACUGAGCCGUUUUGAGUUUAACUGUACAUGUGUGGAUGAGUCUGUUGUGUUCAUGAUGACUGAGAAGUGGAUGUUUGUGUGUGUUUCACAGAAAUGACGGAAAGAAAAAAAAAGUACGUCUUUGAAUUUCGUGUGUCAAAAAAAAAAAAGAUAGCGAGGCACUUUGAAGGAAAUACUUCUUGCUUCUGCUGUAGCUUUGUUAUUGUGAGAUAACUGUUUAUCAUUUGUUAAUGAUGUCGUUAUUUUUCUGGUAAUGGGAAAAAAGAAAAAAAAAGCUAAUCAAAAAGAAAGUUAGAAACCAGGUUUUCCAGGAGGGAUUUGCUUCCGGUUGCCCUAACCACACCUAUCUUGUCUUCCGCUUAUCCCAGCUGCCUGGUGGCCCUAACACUUUCGAAGCUUUGGAUUGUGAAUUUUACCAGUAAAUGAAUACCUCUUCUGUUUUCUCUAUAAAACAUAUAAGAAGUGCUCUUUGGUGAGCAGAGACUUUCUGGGCUGCCGUGUUCCCAUUGCUAGGGGACCGUGCUGGCCUGAACAGGGCCGACUGCGGUCGAUUAGCUGUCGAACGCAAAAGGUUGUAGCUGUGCUUAUUUCCCUGCUGGGGAAGUCUAACCAGUGCAAAAGCAGCUUUUUUUUGAACAGAGGUGUGAAUCCUCUGCUGUUUUUUUGUUUUUGUUUGUUUUUUUGUUUACUAAAACGAGUAAAGUACUGCAUUCUUCUGAGGGUGGAUUGAGAGAAUUGGACAGAUGAAUGAGUGAGGUGGAGGAGGAUGAUGAUGAUUAAGGAAUGGUACAUUUGGAAGUGGUUUGAGAGGAAGUAGAGGUAUUUUUUUCAAACUUCUGACUGAUGUCAGUUACUGACACUUUUUAUAUGAAAAUAUAUGAAAAAGAUUGAAAAAAAAAUAAACUAUGAUAUUGAAUUGUUGUGUAUCAUUGUAGUUUUCUCCUAAACAGUUUGAUUUCAUUGCUUCAUCAAAGAGAUUGUAUGAGUCAUAGAAAGGCCUACACAAUUCAGGAAUCAAACACUCAGCACAAUCAGUGUCACUAUCAGUUCACUUCAAUUGUUCAGUCGCACAAGUAUAGGAUAUUUAACAGUUCAUGCUAAAUAGAAAGCAUAUUUAAAUGCUGUUAUGCAAACAAUGACUCAUGAAAAGACAUGGGGUGCUAUUCUUAACACCUUAUGUUCCAAAGUACACUCAGCUCUUUGAGGCUGACGUCAACAUGAAGCUGAACUCAGAGGAAUAGUUCAGUUUGUCAUCAGUACGGUCCAGGGACUUUUAAUUUACUGUAAUAAGCUUGAGAACUGCGUGACUCAAUGGGAACCAGGUUAAUGGUCCUUGUUCUGGUGGUGUGGUCAAGGUCAAAGUUUCUCCUUCUUGGAAAUAAACUUUGCUGUUGACCAACAUUUGGAUUGAGAUAAGGAGGAUUCAGAGUAAGACACCUUACCUUUCUUACUUGUUUGCCUCCGAUUCACACCUCAGUGGAAAAAAAUCCCUCACUUCCCUGAUGAGUCUGUUUAUCUGUCUGAACUUCAGGGUUGUUUCCCCAUCAAGGCCACAGAGGCCUGUCUGUCAACACACAAUCACCAGCAGAGACUCAGUGUCAUCCUUUCACAUUUCAGUGGCUUUCCCUGACAAUUUAUGAAAUAGGAAAUCUUUGUUAAGCAACUUCGAUAUCAGCCAGCCAACUGUCUUUCAUAUCAACCUGAGAAAUUCUUUGUGGAGAACAAUGUUUGUUAUCAGCUUGGGCUAGUGAGUUGUUAUGGGGUUUUGAAACAUUGGCUUGUUUUGUGGUUGUUUUAACGUCACUAUGGUGCGGAAGCUAGGGGAAUUGACACCGGGGGUUUUUACAUUAAGUGCCGUUUCUGAUUUGUUUCAAUGUAAUAACGAUGUGAUUUUGAAAUGCUGUACUUUAGGCUACUUGGUGUAACUUGUAAGCACUGCCUGGCCCCAUAUCUGUGUAAUAAUAAAAAGGCUUUGAGAAGCAAAAUGUU